CAAGGAAAUGGAGAUGAGAACGUGGACUCUUCUUCCCUUUCCCCUCACUCUAACCGUUUUUUGAAUGGUACAACCAGACCCUUUGCACGUCGCUUGCCGCCUUUUUUUAUUUUUAUUUUGAGCCUAGUGCUGUCGAGCACACGCCUGCACGCGAGGCACUUACGUCCUUACCUUGCCUACCUAUCGCCCGGCCUCGACUCGUCACAUCACAUCCGCUCCAUCCGUCAACCGCGCGUCGUCCCAACUGCGGGCAGCCUGCUGUUACUGUCGGCAAGACGCCAACCAGACCGAGGCUGCAGCUAGGGGCACCCCGGUCGCAGCCCGAGCGUAGAAGUGCCAGGGACCUUGUGCGCUCCAGGGGGUUGCUACCCGGAAAACGUAUAUUGGACGGAAACGCCAAGGGCAUUUCCUGGGCCUCUCCACACCAGGAUCCACUGCUUCCCAGGCGCUCACUGAUCGCUCCCUGGCCCUCCUCGACGCCGCCGACAGGCCUGGACAGAGCUGCAAAAAGGUCGCGUAGCCAUCGUCUGCUCUCCGCGGGCGUAAACACCAAUGUGGCCUGUCUCUGCGCGCCUGAGAUGACACUGGCUUUGGGCCGGAGCGCGGUAUCCAUCCCAACAAGGACCGGCUCCUGACCAACCGAGAGUCCCUCACCCACUCCUCUGCCAAGCGACUUAGACUGCACCGCAACUAGCGGCGGGCUCACGUCGCCAUGGCGCCGCCGCUCGAGGCCAUCGAGGGGGGGACAGGAAUCCUGCCGGCGCACCGUCGCCGGAAGCGGCUACAGCUGUCGGACGGCAUCGAGCGCUGCUCGGAGAGCCUUGCCGCAGCCUGGCGGAACACGGUCUCGGCCGGCGCGGCCAAGUUCUCAGCCUCUCUCCCCAGCUUCCGCCGCCAGGUGCCGCCUAGCAGCGAUGGCCGGCACAUCCCGCUCGGCGCCCGCUGGCAGGACGUCGAGCUGCGGGACCAGCGCACCGGCAAGCCCUACGUCUCCAACUUCAUCCGGUCCAACCGCUACACGCUGUGGGACUUCGUGCCGCGCCAGCUGGUUUUUCAGUUCAUGAAGAUUGCAAACUUCUACUUCCUCAUCAUCGCCAUCCUGCAGAUGAUCCCCGGGCUCAGCCCCGUCGCGAGCUACACCACGGGCGCCCCACUUAUCGUCUUUGUCAGCUUCAGUAUAGCCAAGGAGGGCUAUGACGACUAUCGGAGGUAUCGGUUAGAUAAGGUAGAGAACAGGAGCGAUGCCUGGGUCUACGACCCUGACGGCGUCGCCAAGAAGGCCAUGUCCAAGUCCAAGAAGCCGCGCACCAGCGGCAAGGGCCAGAAGAAGCGCGAGCGCCUCGACGACGAGGCGGGCAACGGCACCGAGCUGCGCCAGAUGGGCCGCCGUUCAGGCAGCCUGGACGACGCCUGGACACGAGUGCAGUGGCAGGACGUCCGCGUCGGCGACAUCGUCCGUCUUGCGAGGGAUAAGCAGGUGCCCGCUGACAUGGUGCUGCUCUCGGCCACGGGCCCCAGCGGCAUCGCCUACAUCGACACCAUGGCCCUCGACGGCGAGACCAGCCUCAAGAGCAAGCAGGCCUGCCCGCUUCUAGCCAAGCGCUGUGGCACUGUUGCCGACAUCGCGUCGUGCGACGCUGUCGUGGUCUCGGAAGACCCCAACCUCGACAUCUACUCGUUCGACGGCCGCGUCACUGUCGGUGACGAGACGGUGCCCCUCACCAUGAACCAGGUCGUCUUUCGGGGGUCCACCAUGCGCAACACCAAGGAGGCGUACGGCCUCGUCAUCAACUCGGGCGAGGAGUGCAAGAUCAGGAUGAACGCCAACAAGGGAUCGCGCGCUAAGAACCCGGCCAUGCAGGCCAUCACGAACCGCAUCAUCUUUUUCGUCGUCUUCGUACUCAUCAUGCUCGCGGUCGGGAUUAAGAUCGGAAACGAUAUGUUCGAGGCCAGCUAUGGGAGCACGGCCUGGUACAUGUUUGGCGCGCGCCUCAAAACAACAGAGCAAAUCUUUGGCGUCAUCAUUCUGCUCAACACUCUUAUACCCAUCUCGCUCUACGUGAGCCUGGAAAUCGUCAAGAUCGGCCAGUUCUGGAUGAUUCAGGACGUGGAGAUGUACGACCCCGAAACCAACACGCCCAUUGUGGCCAACACGACCAGCAUCCUCGAGAAUCUGGGCCAGGUCAGCUACGUAUUUUCGGACAAGACCGGGACGUUGACGGAGAAUAUCAUGCGCUUUCAGAAGAUGAGCGCCGGUGGCUAUGUGUGGCACCACGACAUGGGCGUCACCGAUGAGGCUCCAGAUGGCGAGUUGCGGACCCGGGAUUUGCUAGAGCACUUAAAGGGCAGUCCAAACUCGCCGCUCUCGGAACGGGCGCUGCAUUUCGUCCUCUGCACGGCGCUCUGCAACACUUGUCUUCCCGAGGUGAAGGACAACGGUGAUAUUGAGUUCCAGGCAGCCUCCCCUGAUGAGCUCGCCCUCGUCAACGCCGCACGGGAGCUUGGGUACGUUAUAGUGGAUCGAGACAGCGAGAACAUCAAGCUCAACCGUGAAGGGGCGGACGGCAAGGUCAGGACCGAAGUCUACGGGAUACUGGACGUUAUCGAAUUUACGAGUGAUCGAAAGAGGAUGACCAUCAUCCUGAGGACUCCGGACAACAAGAUUCUACUGCUCAGCAAAGGUGCUGACAGCGCCCUCCUGCCGCGUUUAAGGCUGAAAAAGCUCGCAGAAAGGGUAGCCGACUCGGUCUCGCGCCGGACGAGCAAACGCCGGAGCAUGCGAAUGGAGUCGUUGAAGAGCCCGCACGACCCCGAGAGCCCCACCAUGUCACCUGCCGGCGGGCGUAGAGGUGCUGGCCACGACGUGCCCAUGCUCCCGGAUGCUGACAUAUUCGAGGCAUGCUUCCGGCACAUCGAGGACUUUGCGUCUGAUGGCCUGCGCACCCUGCUAUUUUCGUACCGGUACGUCGACGAGGCCGACUACAGGAGCUGGAAGCGCGAAUACCUCGAGGCGGAAACCAGCCUCACGGACCGACAGGCCAGGAUAGACGAGGUCGCCAGCAGGAUAGAGGCGGACCUCGAGCUUGCGGGCAUUACAGCUAUCGAAGAUAAGCUUCAAAGGGGCGUGCCCGAAACCAUCGACAAGCUGCGACGCGCCAACGUUAAGGUGUGGAUGUUGACGGGGGACAAGCGCGAAACGGCCAUCAACAUCGGUCAUUCUGCAAAGAUUUGCCACGCGUUUUCCGAUCUCUUUAUCCUGGAUGCCACAGACGGAGACGUCAAGGACACGAUUGAGGGGGUGCUACAGGAGGUGGACGAGGGCGCCAUCCAGCACUCGGUCGUGGUCAUCGACGGCCUCACCCUCACGUUGGUGGAACAGGACGAGGCCUGCAAGAAGCUAUUCUACCUGCUGCUCACGCGAGUUGACGCCGUGAUAUGCUGCCGGGCGUCGCCGGCGCAAAAGGCAAACGUGGUCAAGUGCAUCCGCGACCAGGUGCCAGGGUCCCUGACGCUCGCCAUCGGCGACGGGGCCAACGACAUCGCCAUGAUCCUGGCGUCGCACGUCGGCAUCGGCAUAUCAGGGCGCGAGGGUCUGCAGGCGGCGCGCAUAUCAGAUUACUCUAUCGCACAGUUCCGGUUCCUGCAGCGGUUGCUGUUUGUGCACGGUCGCUGGAAUUACGUGCGGACGAGCAAGUACAUUCUGGGCACCUUCUGGAAGGAGAUCGUGUUUUACCUUAACCAGGCUCUGUACCAGCGCUACAACGGCUACACGGGCACGUCCUUUUUCGAGUCGGCUAGUCUGACCGUCUUCAACGCUCUCUUCACGUCGCUCGCCGUCGUGCUGAUGGGAAUAUUCGAGAAGGAUUUGUCGGCCGAGACGCUACUCGCCAUCCCGGAGCUGUACACGUAUGGGCAGCGGGACAAGGGCCUCAACUUUGUCAAGUACGUGGGCUGGAUGGUUCUGGGCACCGCAGAGGCCUUUGUCAUCUCGUUUGCCGUCUGGGGCGCCUACAAUGUCGCCUAUUCGAACGAGGAUACAACCAUCUUCUCCAUUGGCAACGUUGCCUUUUCGGUUUGCGUCAUCUUUAUCAACAUCAAGAUGCUCCUGAUAGAACUGCACAACAAGACCAUUAUAGUCUUUGGCGGCUUCCUCAUCACCGUGACGGGCUGGUGGCUGUGGAACCUGGUCCUCGCGGGCGUAUAUACGGAAAGCAUCGGCCCGUACAUUGUCAAGGGUUCCUUCAUUCACGGCUUUGGCCGCACCGCGGUCUGGUGGCUCUCUGUUAUCGGGGCGCUCGCCGCCGUCGUGGUCCUAGAGCUAGCCGUCAAGAGCAUCAGGCGCAUCUACUUCCCGAACGACACUAUUAUCAUGCAGGAGCUAGAGCAGAAGCAGAGAAAGAAGGAAGCGGCAACAGCAGGGAGACGCGGCCGGGGAGGAGACGUGAGCGGUGGCGGUGGCGGCCACAAUGAGAUAGACGGGCAGGAGCUAGAGGGGCAAGGCCGGAACCACGGAUUUGGUGCGAGCGGCAAGGCCCCGAGAUGACGACGUAUUCGAAUCCUCGUUUUCUCCCCCCUCGACCAGUCGAGACUUCCCAGCUAGGUAUAGAGCAACUACUAACUCGUAUUGUGUACAUCGCACAUCUUUGCCUAUGGUGGCGAUUCUCCUUUUCUUUUUUCAUGGUUAUAUUUUUCUUUGGUAUUCAGCGGCGAUUUUCUCUCUUUCUCUUCGAAGCGAGCAUCACAAGGAGGAUUGAUAUAUCUAUGUAGGACAUUUUACGCCAUCUCGCUUGAUUCUUGGUUGUUUCUUUCCUUCUCUUGCGGUCUCAUGUUUCCAUGGCUUUUAGAACCUGUCGGGUCUCCCAACGAGCAACACGUUUUGGCGGUAUAUAUGCAAUGACGAAAUACUUAUCCCC